UUGUAUAAGUCAACAGGCUCACAACACAUCAACACAUAUUCUUUGAGUGUGCUGUGCUGUCCCAUUGAAAAUGUGUAGUGUAGUACAGUGAAGCAAAAUUAGCAGCCUAUGUUCAUGUGCUAUCAUUACAUGUAAAGUUUACUUUAGGUCAAGUUCAAUAACCUCAGUGAGACCAUGUUUCAGUGUGUUUUAUCACGUUUUGAGCAACUUCUUCAAUCCAGACCUAGACCUACAGAUUUCUUUAGUGCUCAUCAUCAGCUGUCCAUAUUACAUGAACUUGAGAUGAGUAGCUACUGUGUUCAAAAGACGCUGAUCAGGUGGAUGGUCCAUCAGUUGAUAAAGAACAGCACGCCAAACAAAAACUCAACACCAAUUUGUUCUAGGUGCCUCUCCACUGUUGCCCAGUAUGUUAAGCCAAAAAAGGCAAAAGGAGAAACUUACAGAAAACAACGCCAUUUUGUGGAUUACAUGGAGGUAACAGUUUCUGGUGGUAAAGGAGGAAACGGGAUGUUGUCUUUUCUGUCCCUCCCCAGGCGCGAGUGGGCGGGGCCUGAUGGGGGCAAUGGUGGCAACGGAGGUCACCUCAUUUUUAAAGUGAGUCAGAAAGUGAAAUCCUUGUCUCACCUGAAGCCACUAGAGGCGGCACCAAAUGGAGUGAGGGGGGGAACAAAACAGCGAGAUGGGAAGAAUGCGGAACAUCGUUAUAUAGAGGUGCCUGUUGGGACUAUAAUAAAGUCUGAAGAUGGCGAGGUUAUCUCCCUUGAUAAAGAAGGUGACAUAUACAUAGCUGCCAGGGGUGGGGCUGGUGGAAAGGGAAACUACUUUUUCCUGAGCAAUGAGAACAGAGCACCAACCAUCGCAGAGAUAGGGGCUACAGGACAGGAGAGGAAGCUGGUGGUCGAGUUAAAGACCAUGGCACACGCAGGACUGAUUGGGUUCCCUAAUGCUGGCAAGUCCACCCUACUGCGCGCCAUAUCCAGAGCCCAACCUGAGGUCUCCGCCUUCCCCUUCACCACCCUCAACCCCCAUGUGGGCAUGGUGUUGUAUGAUGACUACGAACAAAUUGCAGUUGCUGACAUCCCUGGGCUGAUCCCAGGGGCCCACCAGAACAAGGGGCUGGGCAUCAGUUUCCUCAAGCACAUCGAGCGCUGCCUGGGUCUCAUCUAUGUCCUUGACCUCUCAGUGGAGCAGCCGUGGCAGCAGUUGGAGCACCUGAAGUUUGAGCUGAACCAGUACCAGCCUGGCCUGGCUGACAGACCCAACCUGCUCAUCGGCAACAAGAUCGACCUGCCCGGCGCCUCACACAAGCUGGAGCAGGUCAAGACACACCUGGCGGAGUCUACGACGCAGGGGGCCACGUCUGAACCCAUGAAAGUGUUGGGGGUGUCGGCUAAACAUUUGAUUGGAACAGAAGAGCUCCUACACUACUUGCGGAUAAUGUACGACACACAUCAUAAGGAGUUGAUUUGAGUUGACAAUAAAUGUGUUACACUGA